AAAAAAGUGCAAUCGCUCAAAAUAUAAUCUUUGCAAAAGCCAAUUGAAUUUUGCAAAGCGUCAUUUGAAGUUUGGGCAAAAAGGCCGACAUUUAGAUUUUAAAAAACCGCCUCACCUUCAUUUUCUUUUCCCUUUACUUUAUACAUGAUGAUGAUUACUGUCUUGGCAAGUUUUUUGCUCCUGGUUCAACACAUCAUUGCUCUAUCCAUCAAUAUUAAAGCAGGAGAAGUAGAUUGUUAUUAUGAAUAUUUGGAAGUUGGAGAAAAGUUGAUUGUUUCCUAUCAAGUAGGCGAUGGUGGAAACUAUGAUAUUGACUUUUGGAUAAAGGAUCCUCAAGAUACUUUUAUUAUUAGCAAAGUAAAGCAAACAUCUGACGCACAUAGUCUUACAGCCAAUAUCGCUGGAAAAUACACAUUCUGUUUUAGUAAUGAAUUCUCAACUGUGAGUGAUAAAAAGAUUGGAUUUAAUGUUCACGAGAAUAUUCAAAAGAUUCAUGAAAGCGUCAAAGAAAACACGGAUCCUUUGGAAAAGGAAAUAUCUGAAUUAGCAGAGAGUGUAUUCAAUAUCAAGGCACAACAGGAAUAUAUCAUUGUCAGAGAACGUCAACAUAGAGAUACUGCCGAAAGUACCAAUGCUAGAGUCAAAUGGUGGUCUAUUGCUCAACUUGGGUUGUUGGUCAGUGUUUGCUUUUGGCAAGUUUAUUAUCUUAAACGCUUCUUUGAAGUGAAGCGAGCUGUUUAA